AUGGAAGAAUUCAGUCCGAGAAUGGAGGACGACAACCUCUCGCAAUCGAGUCCGCCCACCGAAACGGAUCUAUCAUCCGUUCGAAAUGGCCAUGAACCGAGAGACACAGACAUAUUUCUGGCCGUGUUCGGGGUGACUGGGGUCGGAAAGAGCUCCCUGGUUUCUCAUCUCACCACAGACAAGAACAAGCCCGAGGUCGGACACAAACUGGAUUCCUGUACCCAAGAUGUGAAAGUCUACCAGUACGCCUAUUCUGCCACUCGCAACAUCUAUAUCAUCGAUACUCCUGGUUUCAACGACACAUACAGGACAGACAAGAGUGUCCUACGAUCCUUGGUGGCUUGGCUCUCUUUGACGUACAAGAACAAUAUUCGUCUUCAUGGAAUUCUUUAUUUGCAUCGCAUCACCGAUGUGCGAAUGCAAGGCUCCGCCAAGAGUAGUAUGACUCUGUUUCGCCAGCUGUGCGGCGCUGACAACCUCAAUCGCGUCGUUCUUGUGACCACCAUGUGGAACAAACUCGAAGAUGACCAGAUCGGUGUGUCAAGGGAAAAAGAACUCGUUGAAAACAAACAGUUUUGGGGCUGCAUGGUGGAAAGAGGAAGCCAGGUCGAGCGCUUCUACGACACUGUCGAAUCUGCCCAAAAGCUUAUCGACAUCUUCCUUCCACAAGGCCACGAACAGUCAAAUGGACCCCCACCGCAAAUGGAGCUGGCAAUUCAACGCGAGAUGGUGGAUCAGCACAAGGCUCUCGAAAGCACCUCGGCCGGACAAGAAGUGUGCAACAGGUUGGACCACGAAGAAGCGGAAAUCAGGACCUGCAUUGCGGAAUACCAUGCAGAGAUGCAUCGGCUACGGGAGGAAAGAGGCCUCAACAAGCUCCAGGAGCUUGAAGAUCUCGAGAAGCAGAUCAGGAUUGCAAAAAGCAAUCGUGAAAGAAUUUUACAUCACAGGCAGGCCGAGAUGAAAAAGUCAAUGGAAACACUGAUAAGAGAUAAUUUUGACAAGGAUGACGUGGAGCCGGAGGAGGAAAAGAAGAAGAGGCUCGCAAAGGAAUACGUCGUCGUAGGGGAGUUUGAUGCGCAACCUGACUACGCCGGAGGCCUUAUUUCCACAAUCACAAGCACACGCAGUGGUCAAAACAGUAACCGGCCCAGCUUCCUUAGCCUUCAUCAAGUCAUUUCACCAGGAACUUCGCAAGUAAUGGGUCAGCGAUGGUCUAAAGGGGAUCGGAAGGACAUCAGCGUCAGCAUGAGUCUACGGGGCAAAUAUUGCUCCCUCAUUGGCCCUGCGUUCAGCAAGUCCUUCAUCGGCAGGGAUAGCAAUACUAGUUGCCCGACUGUAAUCUCACUAGGUCCGCAGGGAAGCUACUUCAUCAAUGUGGCCGGGAGAAAGUCCAUGCAAUGCCACCCCAACGCAAUUCUACCCGAAAGCAUUUCCACUCGAGACAUUAGGCGACUAUGGUGGGGUAUUGACGGUUCGUAUAUCCUGGAACGAGAAGAUGAUCAGCUCCACUGGCAGUUGCGCGGAAAUUACGGCGGUCUCGAGAGCGUAUUGUUGGAAACAGAGCAAUGCAGGGUCAAGGAACUGGCUUUGGACAUUGAAAAUCCCAACGCUUUUGCUCUCAUUACGACUCAGGGGUCCGUUGUUAAUGAGGGCUCGGCCAACGUGGUUCACAGCUAUUUUGGGGAAUUUGCAACGCAGCAUUUCGGAUCUAGAAUAACGAGUGAAGGCAGCUAUCAAGUUUACAGCCAGGGCACAUCAGCUGUCUACGAGUUGCCUGAAUAA